CUACUUGAAAAGUUCUGCUAUGUGUCCUACCUGACAGUGACGAUGGGCUCCGCCACCGAGUUCCGCAAGGUCGAGGGGCAGCGCCUACCGCCCGCGCCGCUCAUCUCCGGCCCCGUCUCGCUGCACCUCGUCUCCCCCAGCGUCAUCGCCGCUGCGGCUACGGUGGCGGCGUCGGCGUCGGUGAACGUGGCGGCGCACGGCGGCGGGGGCGGCGGCGGCGGGGGCGGGGGCGGCUGGCAGCGCUCCCUGGGCGUUGACGACUGGGACGACUGCGAAGGCACGCAAGCGCCGGCAGGCCUGCGACACCUGCUGGCGCCGUCGUCCGCGCAGGCCCAGGCCGUCCACCUGCAGCUGUCGCCGCCCUGCUCGCACGUGGACAUGGCCCUGGGCAACCUGCCGCUGCCGCGCGCGCGCAUGCGCAAAAAGCGGCUCAUCUUCACGUGACGCCCCCGCGCAUGCGCCUCCGCUGCCGCCGACCACCGCCACCAAAUGCCCCACAAAAAAAAAACGGAAUUUACGAAGCGAAAUUGUACAAUGUGACUUGACCAAAAACUACAACUAACCAUAGUAAACUAUAUAAAAACUGGAAAUACAUAUUUUUGACGGC